AUGGCUUCCAAUUCGUCUAACAUACCUUCACUUAAGUUUGAAGUUGUUGCUGGAAAAGUCAAUCCACCGUCAGAGGUAUCAAAAUCGACAGUUGAUCCUAAUGAUUCCAAUUCGUCUGACAUACCUUCACCUAAGAACUUUGAAGAUGUUGAUGGAAAAGUCAAUCCACCAUCAGAGGUAUCACAAUCGACAUUUGAUCCUAAUGAUUCCAAUUCGUCUGACAUCUGUUCACCUAAGAAAUUUGAAGAUUUUGAUGGAAAUGUCAAUCCACAAUCAGAGGUUUCUUUAAUUGCCAAAGAAGAGGAGAAGAUGUCAAGAAAAGAAAAAAGGAAGUUGGCUUUGUUAUGUUGGAAGCGGGAAGAAGUUGUAGAUCUAUGUGAAGAUGAAGAGUUGGGUGUGGAUCUGCCUUCAUACACCUGA